AAAUAAGAUUACAUAGUCGAAUCUGCGUCUGGACGCGUGGCUGAUCCAUUUUGGAAGAUCCCACUGAUCCAGUUCGAUUGUCUGAUUUGAAUCAUGGUGGAUUCUUUUCUUCACAUACUUAUACCCUCUGUCCAGACGAUUGGAAUCGAGUGGGAAUCAACAGCCGUGAAGGGUAUUUAUAGCAUUCAGGUAUUGUCAUCGGAUGGUAUGCUGAGGUACUAUAAAAAGAUCCCUGUCGAUACACGAGGCUAAGUGGGGCACUGAAACGCGACUAGUCCGUCUGGGGACGGGAGAAAUGUAUCUCCCGGGCUGGCUUGGGAAAACAGACCCUAAAAAGAAGAGUCCAGCCACGAACCCCUCCAGCCUUUUCUUUCAAGCCAAUCAAGACUCCGGGAUCACAUGGAGAACAUUCCUUGAACGCCUAUCAAUCAGGCAUGAAUCCUGCACGAUGAUUAUUUCCACUCACUCACACCAACAGAAAUCUUUUGCUGUCACUCGCAGUUGACUGAAUGGCUGUGGUACCGCCCCGUGAUGAUCACCGAAUCAUAAUCCACUUUGACUAUGACUGUUUCUAUGCUUCGGUUUUUGAAGUUGAGCAACCGGUGUUGAAGACGCUUCCUUUGGCCGUCCAACAGAAGCAGAUCGUAGUGACCUGCAACUACGAGGCUCGCAGAAGGGGAUUACGCAAGCUGCAAUUGAUCAAGGAAGCCAGGCAGAUUUGCCCAGAGCUGGUCAUCGUCCUCGGUGAAGAUCUAACUAAAUUUCGCGAUGCAUCGAAGAGUCUCUACCUCUUCCUCCGUGCCUUCUGUUGGAGCGGCAAAGUGGAAAAAUUGGGAUUUGAUGAGUUGUUUCUGGAUGUCACAGACAUGAUUACAUACAAUGUGGAUCUUUUGAAUCGAAACGAUCUAGAACACUCGUUCUUUCAUCUCAACCGUCAGGAUCCCACCCUCGGUUUCGCAUUUGAUGCCACUGGGUUCCAUGGCCCGACUUACCCUGCGGCUCCUAACGUAGCACCGGAUUCUGCCUGGCCAUCUGUUUCAGCGGGAAAGGAUCCUCCUUCGCUCCAGAUUAAACUACUAGUUGCUUCCCAUCUGGCAGCCUACCUACGUGGGCAACUGGAAGAACAAAAGGGCUACACUGCCACAGUAGGCAUUUCCACCUCUAAAAUCCUCGCCAAAUUAGUGGGUAAUACUUAUAAGCCCAACAACCAAACCACCCUUCUUCCGCCUUAUGCUGCGGCGGAGCAAGGCGCUCAGAGCAAUGUGCUCAACUUCCUUGACGCUCAUGACCUAAGAAAAAUUCCUGGGAUUGGUUCUAAACUUUCUCAAAAAUUAUCUUCCUACCUCAAAAGCCCGGCCCAGUCGGGUUUAAAUCAGGGCGUUUCUGAUACGGCGAAGGAUGAUACAACCACGGUCCGAGACGUUCGUUUGUUUCCGAGGAUGGGCCCGAUGCUUCUAGAUAAAAUCCUAGGCGGUCCAGGGUCCCCCAGAGGUAUUGACAAUUCAGAGGUUCUCCAGGCUCGGGACCUACCGACCCAGAUUAGCAUUGAAGACUCGUAUGGGUGUCUGAGCACCUUCGAAGAAGUUAGAAGAGAGCUGGUCUCUCUGACGGCUAGUUUAAUACGUCGAAUGCGAGCGGACCUCACGGAGGAAGAACCUGCUGCGGCGGACUCGCGAUCGAAAGGUUCGCUUUCUCGAACAACACCCAAUAUGCGAUGGAUUGCUCGUCCAAAGACUCUCCGUCUAUCAACAAGACCUCGGCCACCUCCUACAUCCAGCGAGGCACAAGCUCACAGCUUCAACCGUAUUUCACGCUCGGCACCGUUGCCCCAGUAUGUAUUUUCCCUAGAUGCGGGUAUUGACGCGCUGGCGGAACAACUGGUGCACGACCUUGUGACCUCGAUGUUCCGGAAACUUCAUCCCGAAAAGGCUGGUUGGAACAUCCGUCUCUUGAACGUCGCCGUGACCAACAUGGUGGAUGCAGCUGGGGAGCGUAAGCAGAGUAGUGGACGAGACAUCGAGAAGAUGUUCCAGAAGCAGGACAGGGGACGCAGGCCAGACUUCUCCGUUCCGGUGACGGAACAGCCAUCACCGGAAACUGGUACGCAAUACGCUAGGGAUCCCAGCCUGCCAUCUAACGAGAUCUUCAGUAGUUCUCAAACAGUCGUGGGCUUCGACAGACAUGCGUAUCAAACCGGAGGUGAUGCCUGGGAGGAAAGUGAUGAGGACGAGGACAUGUCGUGUGUAGCCUGUCCCCGUUGUGGAGCGUUGAUUCCACACUUUGCACUUGUUGCGCAUGAAGUGUAUCAUUCCACCGCAGACUAAUGAUGAGACAUCGAUUCAAUCCGAUCUAGUUCUGGAGUAGAUGAAGGAUAGAGUAGUGUAUGCGAUGUUCAGUUGAGUCGGGUCGCAAAGCGAGCUGUACCAUGGUUGUCGAUUUUGGUCGUUACCAUCACUUGUCUCAGGGGCCAGCCAGUGAGGAUAAUUAGCG